AUGCGCACAAGAGAAAUUUUACUGUGUGCAGCGGGAAGUAUAUUCAAUGACCUCUGCAGGUGCAUGUUUUCAUUUUUUUCUCUCCUAUUUUUCAUGGAGGUAGUGGACCUUUCAGCUGCAGACGCUGGACUUAUAAUACUCCUUGGACAAAUUGUUGACGCGUUGACCUCAAUAAUCUCUGGUUACCUCGGCGAUAUGGUUAAAGUACCCGUUCUUUCACAGAAAAUUGGAAUGCGAAAAUCUUGGUAUCUUAUGGCAACGGUUUUUAUGGGCAUCGUAGUUCCUCUCUGCGUCAACCGUUGCAUUCUCUGUGGUGGAAGUCAUCAAACUUGGCUUCCCACCGUCUAUUACGGUUUCUUGUUUUCACUGUAUAACAUUUGUUUCAGCGUGGUGGAGAUAAAUCACCUGGCUUUCAUCACAACUUCAGCUGUGUCGGUUGAAGAACUAACAGAUCUUAGCGCCAUCAGGUUUGCUAUUUUUAAAAGUAUUAUAUUUAAUUAAACUUAACUGUUCACCCAUUUGUUGGGCUCUUACCAAAGAUCUACUGGAGGACAGACGCAUAGUUUAUGUCGCCAUCUGCAAAAUUUUGCUUUUUUAUCAUCUAAAACAAACAGAUUACAUGAUGAUGUGGAUUUAUACUUCAAGAUAACAUAAUAUGUCAAAAUGUGGUAACAACACCAAUUAUACACUCGGCCACGAGCACAUUCUGACGCCAUCUUUGAUCUAGAACAAAACGGAAGCACGUCAUAAUGUUAUAUUUUUGUUAAUCAGAUGAUGACGCGAAGUUUUUAUUUCAUAAUCAAACUCUCCUAAAGUUACUUUUCCCUGGAACGCCAAUAUAACCGUAAGUCGGUUGACUUAGUACUAUUGCCUCUUGCUUCGUAAAAGUCAUAAGAAAUAACACUAAUUUAAUGAAAAACCUUCUACCUAUGCGUAUGUCUGUCAGACCUCCAGUUUUAGUGCUCACACAUGCGAAAUUAGGCUUCGUACAUAUUCGUCAGUUUUUAUCAUGCAUUCAGCCGUUGAUUGACCUUAUUGGCCAUAAUGGACUGCAACUUGUAUUCCUGUGCGAGUCUUCAAGUUUCAUGACAAAUGCUCCUAUUAUAACAUCCCAUGAAGUUUCAAGCGGCCAAUUACGUAGGGGUUUGUUUUUGAGGUUCCAUUUAAGGACAGCAUCAUGUUAACUUGUACACGAUUCGAGAUAAUUAUGUUGAAUCUUUAUUCAACUAAUUUGCGAAGUUUUCAUAUAGACCGGUUGCGUCUACUUUCUGGUUAAAAUGCGGACAAGAGAACAGCUAUUGUGCGCGGUAGGAAAUUUAUUCAGCGAUCUCUGCCGGCAGCUUAAUUUUUCAUUUCAAAGAUCUCUUUCCAAGAAUCCCUGCGGGCGAAAAUCUUGGCACCUUUUCAUAACAGUUUUAAUGAGCAUUAUCAUUCCUUUUUUCUUUAACUGUUGUUUUCUUUGUAAUAGAAAUCAUGGUGGGUGGCUUUCAAUUGUCUAUUACAUCUUCUUAUUACAUCUUCUUCUCGCUGUACAACAUUCUGUGGAGGUAAAAAUUACCUUUAUUACAACUGUAACUGAAUCCGUCGAGAAUGUACAGCUCUUAGUGCCAUGAAGUUUGCUUCAAGAAACCUUUUUUAAGACACGUAGUUCAAACGGCAAUCGUAUUUGUUUCAAACAUACUUGUAUAAAUCACUUGUAUAACUCUUAUAUAUCUCAACUCAAGAACGGACACUCUGAGGCCGUUUUUUCCUAACUUAUCCUGUAGGAAUAAUAAACGUGACAUCUAAGAACAAUUUUCUUUAUUCUUCUCUUUUUCUUGUUCAAAAGGACAAUGUUCAGCUUCCUUAGUGGUAUUUACAUAUACGUGAUCGCCUGGGGCCUUUUCGGACAGGACAAGAGCGAUACUCUGGGACCUCAGAGCCUUCCAGAUUUUGUAGUAAGUAGCAGCUUCGUUAAUAGUUCUAUGCCACGAUAUGCUUUGACAAACAGGUGGAAGUUCAAUGCGAUGAACUAAAAAAAACGCAAUUAAAAAACGGUUGGAGAAAUUUGGUUUUCUCUUCCUGCGCUGCCUGUCAGCCUUUCAGCCUUUCAGUCUCUUUCUACACAUCUCUCCUGGAGCUGCUUUGCAUUUCCUUUAAAUUAAUUCUUGAGAAUUUAGUGUUAGAUCAAGAUAACAACUUUUAUCUGAUAAGCAUUAGUAUUCUCAUCAGCUGUUGGCUAGAGAAUGUAUGUUUGCUAGAGGGAGAGGUUACAAGUUAGUCAUUUCUGGGAGUUAAAAGGUUGAUUAAUUCUUUUCUGAACAGUACCUCUCGUGGAUUGCUACUGGAACAGGACUCUUCUUUGCAGCCAUCUUCCACAUUGGCACAAACGAACCUAAAAAAUGUCAGAGUAAAGAAAGCGCCACAACGGAUCUCACGGUAAGACAGGAAACAAAAGGAUAUUUCCUUUUCAAAUAAUGGUCAUAAAAAAGCUUAUUUUUGUGUUCGGGAAGCAGACAACAUCGUGGAGCUAAAAGCGGCGCGCUUGUGUGAUUGUUUCUUCGUUCUUCAUUUGAUUUAUCUAAAAGACAUUACAUUGCGCGACCAGAGGGAUAGAGGUAUGGUCCACACAUUAUCUAAAGCAACCUUUAAUUCACUCUGGCCACUUACCCGUUAUUUCUCAGAAAGCUCCUGGAAUAGUCAUUGAAGAGUUUGGAGCCGAAGAUGCCAGUAAGUCUAUGGAUAUUUACUUUGGUGUAUUAUUAAAAAAACCGUCGUUGUUCGCGCAAAAAUUGCAUAUCUAA